CAAAUCACAGCAUACAGCGACUGACACCGAGAGAAAGUCACCAUGCGUCCUCAGGGCCCCUUGAGUUCAGUGUUGUACUGAUUAAUAUGUAAACAAACCCUUUAGUUAAUACAUGUGCCCUUAAUUGUAGGCUUCUUCUGAGCAGUGUGGUGGUUUCAUGCAAAGAAUGGGCGUGAGUUGUCCCUCGAAAGGGAGCUCUGGGACUCAUGCGUUUUUGUACCAAUGAUCUAAGUGCGCAGUUCACUCCAGGAGAGAUGGAGAACAAGCCAGCAGGAUGGAGAGCACAGAAUUUACGACAACAGCUGUUUGAAUACUCUCCCAAAACCAACUAAGACGCACAGGAGGGAGGGGAGUCUCCGCCGGAGAGAGUCUAAGUGCGUCUGUGUCACAGUGUUUCAGAGUGAGGGAGCUUCGCAGAUAGAGAAAAGAGGAGGAAGAGAGAAGAGGGACCAAGUGUGGACCAGGUGAUCGACAAAACCUCCAAGGGUCUGCCGGGUUGUAUCGUUGCAUAGGCGGCAUCAGUGAUCCAGCCAUGGUGCCAGCGCGCUGCCCGGGACCUUGUGCCGUCCUGGCACUGGCUCUGCUGUUCGGCUGCGGCGUGGUUCUCUGCCUCGGCCAGAACGACACGGAGCCCAUCGUGCUGGAGGGAAAGUGUUUGGUGGUGUGCGACUCGAACCCUUCCUCGGACGGAGCGGUGACCUCCUCACUGGGCAUAUCAGUUCGCUCCGCUGGGGCAAAGGUGGCUUUUUCCGCCGUGCGCGGCACCAAUCACGAGCCGUCAGAGAUGAGCAACACGUCAAUGACCAUUUAUUUUGACCAGGUUUUAGUGAACAUCGGCAACCAUUUCGAUCUUAAAGCAAGUGUUUUCCAGGCUCCGAGAAGGGGAAUCUAUAGUUUCAGCUUUCAUGUUGUGAAAGUCUACAACAGACAAACCAUACAGGUGAACCUGAUGCAGAACGAUUACCCUGUAAUAUCAGCGUUUGCCGGUGACCAGGACGUUACAAGAGAGGCUGCCAGCAACGGAGUACUGCUGAUGGUGGAACGGGAGGACCGGGUCUAUUUGAAGCUGGAACGGGGCACCCUUAUGGGCGGAUGGAAAUACUCCACCUUCUCAGGCUUUCUAGUCUUUCCUCUAUAAUCUAAUCUGCGAUUGCUCAUGUCGCACAGGACUCUGUCGAAGCUGGGGAACUAAAAUUAAAGAAAAAAGAAAAAAAAAAACAUGACAUUUAUUUUCAACUUUAAAAACUGUCAGCCAAGGAAGCCGACGAAUAUCUGUACUCUCGUCCUCUAUCUACUCAAAUAUGAACGUUUCCUUGGAGUUUCAUAUAUUCAAAUCCAUCGACCAACUUUAACGCAAUCUGGAUGACUAAAACGUAUUGACCGGCCAGUGAUUGGCAUGUGCUUGUCGAGUAUGUGGAUUUUCUUUUCUCCUUCUUUUUUUCAUUUUUUUUCCCUUUUCCUUGCCUGGAAAACAAACUUUGCCGACAGAGAAACGGGUGUAUCUGGGCAACACGGCCAAAGGGAGUGGAAUGGAUGAGGAGUAAAUGAACUGAUGUCCGGGACAGGCCCAGUGUAUUAUGCUCUAUUUUAAGUUUGUAUAGCCUUAAAGAAUAUAUGGUUUCCUUCCAUGUGAAGUUUAUGGAAUUAUGGACAACCAGAGAAGAAGUGCUUUCACGACCAAGGCGAUUUCUUUUGCACGAACGGAAGUGUUCUUUUCAUGUUUUGUUGUGCUGUCAAUGGUGUUGCGUUUGGAUGCUGAACAUAUUGAAAAUAAGCCAAAUGUAGGCCACCGAUGAGUUUAUUAAAAGAGAAAAAAGGCGACAUAUUUCAGCCACCAGAGAUGACUUAGUCCCCUUUUAUUAAAAAAAAUAAAACAACAAAAACAAACAUUUAAUUUAUAUAUAUUUAAAAAAACAUAUUCACAUUAUUGUGUGUUCUACAUUUCGGAAUCUGCAUAUAGCUUUGACUGAUUUAAUGUUCAGUGACGUUGCUCACCAAUUGUACAUUGUGAAAAUAAUAGAAGAAUCCCUAUAUGUCCCGCUUAAUAAAAGAUAUUGUAUUGUAUAGGCUAUCAGUUGUUAUUUAUAUGCACAUAGAGAGGAGACAGAAGUCAGAGGCCUCACUCAGGACAUGAGGGACAGCAGGCCUCUGCAGUAGCUGUCCGAGGCGCUGAAAUACACCAGCUGCUGCAUUUCAGCACCUCGGACAGCGCACUGUUUACUACAGAGCCAGAUGAAACUGUAAUCUGGAAACAUGUGAACGAAAAGAGAAGCAUUGAUGAAUAAGUUCAGUUUUAAAUGACUAACCUUCUUAUUAUAUGGCUUCUUAUAGCUAACUGGUUUUAUUGCUGUAAAUAUGAAUUAAUUAGUCUUAAUAGUUGUGAAUUUCAAGGCGCUCACGAACAGCAAUUUAGAGCACAGGAUGAGUCUAGGUUGGAGGGUCUCUUUGUGUUAGAGAACAAUCCUACCUAAAAUGGAAACAUUGUGGUUUGAUAGGCUACCAAAAUCUAUCAAAAUUAAAUUUUAUAGAGGGCAAAAACUAAUCUUAUCUGUCUCUUAAGCCAAAAUUUCAGGCAUGGCACAGGUUCGUGCUUUUUAUUACAUAAUUGGAUUCCAUCUCUGACCAAACACUACCCUGCCCCCUACACACACAGACACACACAUACACCCCCCACAAACUUGUUCAGUCUUUUUCUUUUUGUUUGUUUGUUUGUUUUGUUUUGCAUGCCCUUCCCCUCCAUUACUAAAUUAUGUUCAGGGACACGUUGGUCUCCAGAUGAUUCGGGUCACCCAGGCCACUUAAAGCAAAUGGCUGACUUGUGCAAGAACCUUGCUUUGUCUUUUAAUAUUUUAAUUUAUCUAUUUUUAUCAAUUCUAUCCUUAUAGUCAGGCUGUAUAGUUUUAAAAAAAAGCCUGUUUUUCCCUUAAAGGUUAGAACGAUUUACCAGUGGCCAUAUGUUUUACUAAUAUAUUACAAGUCCCAAAACAUUUUAAUAUAUUAGGAGUCCGAAACAAAAAGUCUUAAAAUGUUUUAAAUAAAUAUAAAAAUAAGAAAAAAAAUGUCUGCUUGGAUGAGAUUAUGAGAAAACAACUAUCCUUUAUUGAGUUUAUUUGUUAAGUCGAUGCCAAUCAUAGCCUACUUAUAAACGUCAGGAGUACCUGUAAAUGUGGACUGAACCAAAGCAAUACGCUAAAUAUCAAACGGAUUGCCCUCUGCUUUGAACGAGAAGUUGCCUCAAAUCUUUAAUUUUGCCAUUGAAGAUAAGUGAUCUCUCUGAUGUUUGUGUGCUGGGUAAAAGUCUGUUUACUCUGUUUACCUGUGCUUCAGCUCAUUUGGAAAAAAAUAAAAUAAAAAUCAUAGGACCGUUUUUUUUUACUACUGGUGAGGGCCGUAGAUGUGUUAAAAUGCUGCUGUUUAGACUCUUGAAAUAUGAUCAACACCACAAUGGAGGUGCACUUUUGAGAAUGUUAAAAUCCUGAAUGGA